UAACCUCUGCUGAAUGGUGGAAGCCUCUGGGACCUGGUCCCAUGCAUUUCAGUUUGUGUUUCUAGGACCUCCAGGUACAGACGACUGUGUGCAGGUGUGUAUUUAUUUGUUCUCUGCCUUUUCCCACCAGGUGCUCGUGUCUCCACAGCCUCCAUGUUUAAAGGAGAACAUGUGUGAGGAGUAGACGCGGCUUCUUCCACAGCCUCUCUGGGGCCACAGGACAAGGAACGGUUGGAGUGGACACGUUGUUCUGUACUCGACCUCUCAGUGCCUCCUGUGCUGGCCAUGCCUGUGCCCACAGAGGGCACCUCACCACCCCUGAGUGGCACCCCGACCCCAGUCCCAGCCUACUUCCGCCAUGCAGAGCCUGGCUUUUCCCUCAAGAGGCCCAGGGGGCUUAGUCAGAGCCUUCCGCCCCGGCCCCCCGCCAAGGGCAGCAUCCCCAUCAGUCGCCUCUUCCCUCGGACCCCAGGCUGGCACCAGCCCAAACCCCGGAAGGUGUCAUUUCAAGGCAAAGCCUCUGGGACCCUGCAGAGCCCCAGUUACGACCCAAGCCGGCCGGAGUCCUUCUUCCAACAGAGUUUCCAGAGGCUGGGCCGCCUGGGUCGUGGCUCCUACGGAGAGGUCUUCAAGGUGCGUUCCAAGGAAGAUGGCCAGCUCUAUGCCAUAAAGCGUUCCAUGUCACCAUUCCGGGGCCCCAAGGACCGGGCCCGAAAGCUGGCUGAGGUCAGUGGCCAUGAGAAGGUGGGGCAGCACCCAUGCUGUGUGCGGCUGGAGCGAGCCUGGGAGGAGGGCGGCAUCCUGUACCUGCAGACAGAGCUGUGUGGGCCCAGCCUGCAGCAGCACUGUGAGGCCUGGGGCACUGGCCUGCCUGAGGCCCAGGUCUGGGGCUACCUGCGGGAUACCCUCCUCGCUCUGGCCCACCUGCAUGGCCAAGGCCUGGUCCACCUUGACAUCAAGCCUGCCAACAUCUUCCUGGGGUCCCGGGGCCGCUGCAAAGUGGGUGACUUUGGGCUGCUGGUGGAGCUGGAUGAAUCUGGAGCUGGUGAGGCCCAGGAGGGAGACCCCCGCUACAUGGCCCCCGAGCUGCUGCAGGGCUCCUAUGGGACAGCAGCCGAUGUGUUCAGUCUGGGUCUCACCAUCCUGGAAGUGGCGUGCAACAUGGAGCUGCCCCAUGGUGGAGAGGGCUGGCAGCAGCUGCGCCAGGGCUACUUGCCCCCUGAAUUCACUGCCGGCCUGUCUUCUGAGCUGCGGUCUGUCCUCAGCAUGAUGCUGGAGCCUGACCCCAAGCUGCGGGCCACAGCCAAGACCCUGCUGGCCCUGCCCAUGCUCAGGCAGCCACAGCCCUGGAGCGUCCUGUGGUACAUGGCUGCGGAAGCCCGGAGCCGAGGCUGGGCCCUUUGGCAGGCCCUGCUUGCCCUGCUGUGCUGGCUCUGGCAUGGGCUGGCUCACCCUGCCAGCUGGCUACAGCCCCUGAGGCCUCCAGCCACCCCGCCCGGCUCGCCGCCCUACAGCUUCCUCCUGGACAACAGCCACUCCAGCAACUGGGAUGACGACAGCAUAGGACCCUCAUUCUCUCCAGAGGCCAUUCUGGCCAGGACCGCCAGGAGCACCUCCUCCACUCCCCAGAGGAGGCAAACACUGAGGGAUGACCUGGACCUAAGUGACAUUGACUCAGAGUCCCCUCAUGGCUCCUUCCCCUCCUUUGAGCCUCGGAACCUCCUCAGCCUGUUUGAGGACUCACUGGGCCCAACCUGAGCCCAUUGCAGCCUUGGUGCUUUUAACCUUUUAGCUCCUUCCCCCAUCCUGGAGGCUGGGGUCCCUCUGGGCACUCCCGUGGUCCCUUCUGCCCGGCCAUGUCUAAUAAAAGAUAUCUGAAUCUUGGGAGCACCCAAGCUUGCUUGCAUGGCAA